AUGGCCAGCUUUAUAUUUGUUGAGUUAUUCAUUUUGGCUGCACUUUUGUGUCGAGUGACUUUGGCUCGAGGAAGAUAUGAAUUUAUCGAAGAAGCUGAUCUACCCGCAUUUUAUUCGUGAGUAAAGAACAUUCAAAGCGAUAUAGGAAGUGUUUUAAUUUUUUUUUUUGACAAACAGCAAUUCCAAAAAUACCCAUACUAUAAUUAAAAUAAUUAUGGCAUUGAAACUAUAUAGAAAAGUCGGCGAGAAAAAACAUUGAAAAAACUCAAAAAGAAAAUUCAGAGUUGUUUUCCAAGUCGUAAAAAUGUCUAGUUUUUUUCAACACCCAAAUUUAAACCCUGGACUUUUCCUACUCCACCUACAUAAAAACGUGAUUUCCGGUGAGAUUUCGAGAAAAAAAUGCUGGAAUGGGGAAUGAUGAGAAAUAAAAUUCGAAUAAAAAACAACUAAAUCCUGUUUGAAUAAUUCAUUGUAUUCGUUCAAAUACAAAUAGGCUCAAAAAAAGAAAAACGUCACGAAAAUACCCGAUUUUAUAGAAUCUCGAAAUCUUUUCACACAAAGCUUAUUUUUUGAAGAAAAUGUGAUUUGUUGCUCAAGGUUCAAAAAUUUUUUGAUUCAUAUAAUAAUGCAAGUUUUUUCCCAGAAUGCGAUCUGCACAGAUGGCUCAAAAAGCACAACUAUCUCCAGCUCAAUUGAUCCAAGCUGAUUACAAUCCAUAUCUUCCUUAUCAUUUCUAUACACCAGAAGCCGCUUCACCAGCAAUUCCAGCCCCAAAUCCUUAUCAACCAAUGGCUCUUUAUUAUCGUCCAACUCAUCAACAAGCUCCUCCUCAACCAGCUCAACAAUUUGCAGCAACUCGAGCAUCACCUGUUCAAUAUCAUCCACUAGCAUAUUUUCAUGGAAAUCCAGCUCAAAUGGUACCAAAUAGUUCGACACCUUUAAAAAAGAAAACAGUCUAA